CAAAAUCGGACAAAUGAUCAAGAUAACCCACACCAACAUGGCUGAUGGAAGGAACACUUGUUUUGAAUAGACCGAUUUUAGCGUCUUAGUUCAUCACCAAGAGCUUAAAUAUGUCUUGACUGGUAUGGCCAGAAUCUUAAGUGAGAGAUCAUCACAAUGGGUAACAAACACAGCUGUUGUGUUUAUCCUGGGGGAAGGUCAGGUCAUUCUGCUUCAAGUCAAAAGGGAGGUACAGGUUCAGAACCAAAUCCUGAAGAAGUAUCAGAGGACCCACAGUGUAAUUUGCAACAUAUUAGUGAACGAGAGCCAGAUGAUUUGGAUCAGGACCCUAGCCUUCACCCAACAGCUGGGCCACUCUUCCUCACCAAGUCAAAGCAGGUUAUAGAGAAUGGACUAGUCAGAAGAAGAAGUAGAAGUCAUUUAGAAGAUGGACGUACCCUCAAGAAAUCCUCCUCCUGCUCAACCAUCUACCUGGAUGACUCAACUGUGUCACAGCCCAACUUGAAGAAUACAAUAAAGUGUGUUGCGCUGGCCAUCUAUUACCACAUUAGAAAUCGUGCAGAUAAUCGCAUUCUGGAUAUAUUUGAUGAAAGGCUUCAUCCUUUGAGUCGGGAAGGAGUUCCUCCAGAUUAUGACAGACAUAAUCCUGAGCAUCGACACAUCUAUAAAUUUGUGCGCACGUUAUUUAAUGCAGCACAACUCACUGCUGAAUGUGCAAUUAUCACACUAGUCUACCUUGAAAG